AUGCCCAAACCGAGUGUUGCCAUUGGCGCGCCCGUGGACGAGCGUACAGCGCUUCUGCCCGAAGGAAAUACACCAGCCAGCGGUCCCAAUCUUGCGCAGGACGAACAAUGGCAAAAGCACACUUUGGGUCGACGCAGUUUCAUCCUAAUCACCAGCUUGACCAUAUUCCUGGCCGUCGAGCUUGGAGGUAGUCUAGCCACCAUACCUCUGCUCCAGAUACAGGAGGGAAUCGUCUGUCGCCAGCACCAUGCAAAUGUUACAGAGCCGGCCAUCGACCCACGCUGCAAGGAUAGUGUCGUGCAGGCUGAUUUUGCCAUGCUUCAAGGCUGGGAGUCUACGUUUGGCUUGAUCCCCGGUUUGCUUUUGUCUGUGCCUUACGGAAUCGCUUCGGACAAGCAUGGACGUCGAGUGGUUCUCUUUCUGUCUCUACUGGGCAUUGCUCUGCUUCAGUCCGCUGUUACCGUCAUUUCCUACUUUCCCGCAGUCUUUCCCAUUCGGCUCAUCUGGGCCUCAGCCUUUUUGACAGUCAUUGGCGGAGGACCCUUUGUUAUGAACGCGGUAAUCUGUACCAUAUGCAGCGACGUCUCAACAAGUGAACAAAGAUCAAAUACUUUCUUCCUCAUCGCUGCGACUGCUAUUGCCGGCCAGCUCAUUGGCAACCCUUUAACCUAUGUGGCCAUGAACUACGACGUGUGGUUCGCGACAUUUCUCGGUGUUGGCAUUCUAUACCUCGCCACCUUUGCGUCUACUGCAGUGCCCGAAACCCUGGAUACUGUCGAGACUAUGGAGAGAGCAUCACUGAACGAAGAUACUGACCCCGAUUGUGAGCAUAGUAGCUCAAUAGAGAAGCUCACCCAACGUUUCAAGGCGGCAACUUUUGAACUUUUAAACGCGUUUCGCCUUCUAGCGACGAAUGCUCGACUGUGCUUCCUCCUUGGCAGUUUUGUCUUUACCACAUUGGGGAAGACUGCGAGCGCGAUGCUUUUGCAAUACGUUACCAAAAAGUUUCAGUGGACAUGGGCCGAGGCUUCACUGUUGCUCUCUGUCAAGGCCACCAUUAGCAUAGUUCUCUUUGUCGCCGUUUUUCCCAUGGUCAAUCAAUUGCUACUAAAUGUCGCUGCUCUACCCGCUAUAGUGAAAGACAUGUGGCUCUCGCGUGGUAGCAUACUUUGUCUGGUAGUUGGGACGUUUGGUCUUGGCCUGGCACCUACCUCGGCCAACAUGAUCCUCGCACUGACCGUAUAUUCCCUGGGCUCGGGUUAUGGGGCGACCAUUCGAAGUCUUCUCACGGCUACUGUAAGCCCAAACCACACCGGCAUGCUCUACAGUUUGAUGAGUUUAUUGGAGAACACUGGUGCGCUCGUCGCCGGCCCUCUCCUGGCAGUCACAUUUCGAAUCGGCAUGGGUUGGGGUGGUGUCUGGGUUGGGCUGCCAUUCAUUGCGGCAGGCUUCAUGUUUUCGAUUGCCAUGGUUGUGGUAUUCAGCAUUCAGCCUCGACACCUGACAGCGGCGGCGGCUUAG